GCUGCUGGCAAAAUACUAGUAGCCUACAGUACCUAACGUUAGCAAGCAAUACAAAUACGUUUAUCAUGGACGGUAGAAAGGCCGUAGAACUAGAAGUGUAUUUAGAUUUAUUGUCACAACCAUGUAGAGCAAUACAUAUAUUUCUGAACUGCAAUAAAAUUCCACACAAGGUGAAAACUGUUGCAUUACGAAAAGGUGAGUUUCAAGCUGGCUGGGCGAAAGUUAGCUAACGUUUAACGUUAACUACCAACAUCAUCUAGCUAAAGUUAAACAUGCAAUCAAUCUAGCUAUCGUUUUGGUUGCUACUAAAGCAAGAUUGUUAAUGUUAAAUGGAAAUGCAAAUAUGUUUGAUACAUUUAUACACAGACUGAGUGCUACAUUGUUUUAAAUGCAAAAUGUGUGUGCUCUGUCCUGCAAUGAACUUAGACCUAUUGUACCUUGAACUUUGUCCUACUCUGUACAGCAGCAUGCAUGUUCUCUGUUGAUAGUUGUCCCGAAUGUGUACUAACUAGCUAUUCAGAAUGACAAGUCUAUGUUAUUAUUAUUUCACAAUCGUCCAUGUAUUCAAAUUUAGACAAAUACACUGAACAAAAAUAUAAACGCAACAUGUAAAGUGUUGGUCAAAUGUUUCAUGAGCUGAAAUUAAAAAAAUCCCAGAAAUGUUCCAUAUGCACAAAAAGCUUAUUUCUCUCAAAUUUGUUUACAUCCCUGUUAGUGAGCAUUUCUCCUUUGCCAAGAUAAUCCAUCCACCUGACAGGUGUGACAUAUCAAGAAGCUGAUUAAAUAGCAUGAUCAUUACACAGGUGCACCUUGUGCUGGUGACAAUAAAAGGCCACUUUAAAAUGUGUAGUUUUGUCACACAACACAAUGCCACAGAUGCCUAAAUUUGAGGGAGAAUGCAAUUGGCAUGCUGACUGCAGGAAUGUCCACCAGCACUGUUGCCAGAGAAUUUAAUGUUAAUUUCUCUACCAUAAGCUGCCUCCAACAUCAUUUUAGAGAAUUUGGCAGUACGGCCUCACAACGGCAGACCAUGUGUAACGACACCAGCCCAGGACCUCCACAUCUGGAUUCUGCAGGAUCGUGUGUGGGGGGGUGCUGAAGAGUAUUUCUGUCUGUAAUAAAGCCCUUUUGUGGGGUAAAAAUCAUUCUGAUUGGCUGGGCCUGGCUCCCCAGUGGAGGCCCACCCAUGUCUGCACCGCUGCCCAAUCGUGAAAUCCAUAGAUUAGGGCCUAAUGAAUUUAUUUCAAUUUCCUUAUAUGAACUGUAACUCAGUAAAAACGUUGAAUGUUUUUGUUGCAUGUUGCAUUUAUAUUUUUGUUCAGUAUAGCUAAAUGCAUAAACCAAUACCUCAAAGAAAUGUAAUUAACAUACUGUAUCUCAAUGACUUUGUUUAAAUAUAGGGGAGAAUAGGACACCAGAGUAUACAAAACUCAAUCCCAUGCAGAAGGUCCCAGUAAUGGUCGACAAUGACUUUGUUCUGACUGAGAGGUAAGACUCUUCAUUCACUUUGUAGUUUAAAAUGUUUUUUUUAAAAAUGUUUAAUGAAAAAAAUAAAAGGGGCAUUUCCCCUCCCUCAUCUUGUUACAGUGAUGCCAUAUUAAAAUACCUGGCCACCAAAUACGAUGUCCCAGGUAACUGGUAUCCACGCCACCCAGAGAGGAGGGCGAGAGUGGAUGAGUACACAGCAUGGCACCAUACCAACACCCGGCCACAUGCGGCCAAGGUCUUUCUCAUGGAGGUAAGGCUUGCUCAUGGAACACUCAGCUCUGUCAUUUGGCAGGUGAAAUGUAGUCUAAUCCCAAAGCCACCAUCUCUUUGCAGGGUAUUACACAUUUAUGCAAUAGACUUUUAUUGUUAUCUCAUGCUCUGUGGUUGUUGUUGAUGGCAUGCGUCGCUGCUUUGUGCUGUAGGUUUUACUGCCCCAAAUGACAGGACAGCCAACAGACCCACUGAAGGUGGAGAGGGCUUUGGCAGACCUGAGUGACACUCUGGAGAAGCUGGAGAACAUGUUCCUCAAGAGGCAGCCCUUCCUCUGUGGAGAUGACAUCAGCCUGGCUGACCUGCUGGCCGUGUGUGAACUCAUGCAGGUGAGGAAAACUCAGUCAACUGGUCCAUCAGAGCUCAGCCACUGGGUGAACCAGCCACCUCUGCUGAGAAAAUGGUCCUACAAUGCAGUCAGGAAUGUGUCAAAUCUCAAAGACUGUCUUUGACUACUUACAGUAUAUUUUGAUGUAUGGAUUGCUACCCAUUUCAGCCUACUAAAUUAAUUGACUGCUUUGCUCUCAGCCCCUAGGUGGCGGCAGAGACAUCCUGAAGGAUCAUCCCAAGAUGUUGAGCUGGAAGAGUCGUGUCCAGUCUGCGCUGGGGGACUCCUUUGACGAGGCACACAGAGUGCUGUACAGUCUCCGGGACAGGUCCAAAGCCAAGCUAUGAAAUAAUCUCAAUAUGGUUUGAUAUAAAAGCUUGCACAAUGCUUGAAAGCAACCAGAUGUAUUUACUGAUUAUGUUUGUGCUGUCCAUGUUGACCUAGAGAUUGAUGUUGUUGAUAGGCUCUAUGGGAGAGUGAUCAGUGCCUUAUAUGAGCCUCUGUAUGAUAUGCUACAAAAUUACUAGAUGGUUCCGCAUUAUGGACCUUGAUCUGGAGUGGAGAUGGGAAAUGUGGAAUAGAGUAAGAUAUAUUUUUCAAUGAUAUACAACUGCCUAGAAUUAAGGGAUGUAUAACAAUAAAACCCAGUGGAAAAGAUGUUUGUUUAUUCAACAGUAGCUGUACAAAAACAAUUAUUUACAAAACAGGAGGCAAUUUCCAGUGGACAUAGCUCAGUAUGUGCCCACAAGUUAGAAAUCAACAUGUACACUGAACAAAAAUAUAA